UAAUACACGUGCUAGUUAUAUUUCUCUUAAUGAAAAAGUAUUUAUAAAAUCAAUAUUGACUGAUCAUUGAAGGAUGUAAUAUUUCAAUAAAAUGCUAAUGUUUGGUGUAACUUUCUCUAUGGACGGAGAUAGGUAUAGAGAAGCCGGAAUCGAGAUCUGGGGGUUGAGGUCAAACUAGUUUUUGCUUGUACAACGAGAGAGUUGGUUGCGGAGGCUGGAUUACAAAUAUAUAGAUAGGGCUUGCUUGCUCCAAGGCAGAUCUCUCAUACAUGAUGCUUGGAUUUCAAAACGGGAGAUCUCUGGUCUACACUUCACAGGCACUAGUUUUUUGAGUUCUAUAGAUUAUUCCUAGUAGUAAUGUGUAUGUCACCAGAAUUAGGUUAUUGACGCUUUAAUUCACUACAAUUCACUCACGCUGCUAGAUUCAAUUCAUUUUCUGUCGCGUUUGAGUGUUUCUGUCCAUGGCGUCUUCUUCAUCCCAACAAGAAAUUGUAGAAAACGAUGCUUUUGAGGGAAUUGCACCUGCGCACCAAAUAAGUAGAACGCCCACAUCUGCAAGAUUGUUUGAUGUGUUCAUCAACCAUCGAGGCCCAGAUGUGAAGGAUACUCUAGCUCUUCAACUUCACAAAUCGCUUACAGAUUUGGGGCUGAAGACAUUUCUUGAUUCCGAAGAGAUGGAAUUGGGUGAAGCAUUUCCUUCUACCAUUCAUGAUGCCAUCUGCUCUUCUUCGGUUCAUCUUGCCAUAUUCUCUAAAAGAUAUGCCGAGUCUGCCUGGUGUUUAGCUGAGCUUGAUCUCAUGUUACACACUAAAUGUAAGAUCAUUCCUAUAUUUUAUGAUGUGUCGCCUUUACACCUGCGCUAUAUUGAAAAAGGAGGGUAUGCAGCUUCGUUUGCCAAACAUAAAGACAAGGGCAGGUACCCCAGCAAGCUUGAGCAGUGGCAAAAAUCCCUUCACACUGUUUCUUUUAUCUCUGGCUACGAAAUAAACAAGGAUAAUCAUAAUGUGGAGCAGCUAUGUAAAAAGGUAGUGUCAGCUGUCCUAAAAGAGGUUAAAAAGACACAUCUUCUAGAAGUUGCAAAAAGUCCAGUGGGGCUUAAUGAACUAGUAGAAGAUUUUGAAAGGCGGUGCUGCCUCAACACCGAGGAGAGUGGUAAUAUUCUUGGGAUUUACGGAAUGGGUGGAUCCGGAAAAACUACUCUUGCCAAAGAAUUGUAUAACCGCAAGCGUUCAGAAUAUAAAGCAUCUUGUUUUCUGUUUGACGUGAGAGAAGCUUCUGCCAGAAGUGAAAUGCCCUCGCUUCAAACUAAGCUUCUGAAAGAUCUUCUUGAGGAGAAUUGUCCUAAAUUUGGUAGUCAAGAGGAAGGAAAAAAUUAUCCCAAAAACCGUUUAGGAAAAAGGGGUAGCUUCCUGAGCUUUUUUCUUGUUGUGGAUGAUGUUGAUCACCCGGAUCAAUUAGGCGCUCUAUCGGUCAAGGAUAUUCUGAAUACAAAUAGUUUGGCAAUUGUGACAACCCGUGAUGAGAGUGUCCUAGUGCAGGCCGGAAUUACUGCUCGUUAUAAAGUGAAAGAAAUGAAUAUAAUGCAUAGCAGACAGCUCUUCUGCUGGCAUGCAUUUGACCGCCCAGAUCCUACCCCAGGAUAUGAGGAUCUUGUGGAGAGUUUCAUUAAAAGGUGUGGGGGUCUACCUUUAUCUAUCCAAGUGAUCCGUCGGCUUGUUUUUGGCAGGAAUGAUGAGCAAUACUGGAAGUCAACAUUGGAUAAAGUUAGCAGGACCCUUCCAGGAGUUAUCAAGCAAAUACUUAGAAUAAGCUAUGACACACUGGAUCGUGAGGAAAAGCAGAUUUUUAUGGACAUCGCAUGCUUUUUUACUGGUAAAGAGAAAAGUAUGGCCAUAAGAAUUUGGGAGGGAUCAGGAUGGCGUGCUGAACCUUCACUUCAAGUGCUAAAAGAUAAGUGUCUUCUUGAAGAGGAAACCAGCAUUAAUUACGAGUCUACUUUGAGAAUGCAUGAUCACCUCCGGGAUUUGGGACGAGAAAUGGCAGAUGAAUUGAGCCUUCCUCGUCGCAUAUGGCGUCCUGAACAUCUUAGUACAUUGGAAUUUAAAAAAAUCCUAGCCACAUCAAAGGCUCAAAGUUUGAGGUGUCUCAAUUCAAUUUUUGACAGGUCUAUCGGUUCUCAAAUUUUAUAUUUUUUGGGUAAUAGAGAUGAUAUUUAUGAAGCUGCCUUGUUAUGGCUUGAGCUUGACAUGAAUUGGCGCUCGCACACAAGCGUUCCUUUGUGGAUUCCUCUGCAAAAUUUGCAGCAUCUGAAAAUUACGAGAGGACAUUUCAAAAGAUUGUGGCAGAGAAAUUUACAGGCUUUUUUUGAAAAUCAUGAAACUCUGAAAUCAGAAAAAUAUGACUUUAAAAGAAUUAUUCUUGCAUGAAACAGCUUCAUUAGGAGAGUUUCCAAAAUCUUUACAAAUGUUACGCAACCUGGAACACCUAGUCUUGGAAGGAAGUUCGGCGUACUGGAUCGAAAAAUCAGAAAGUGAAUGGAGAAUGUUAAAUAGCUUGAAACAUCUAGUCUUAAGAGGAAGAAAUCCAGAAUGGAGGGAACUGGUAAUUCAAGGGGCGAACUUAUCAAUAUCCCUCAGAAAACUUACCAAUCUUAGAGUUUUAGUUUUGAAGGAUUGCACAUUAAGUGGAGAAUUGGCUUUGAACGGUAUUGGAUCAGUGUCAACUAAUUUUGAGUCUUCCAUAAACAGCUGCAUGUGUAGCCUUGUAAUCAUACAGAUGUCUAAUGUAAAGCAGACUUUCAAGGUUUCAAUUAGUGGAAAGCAUUGUCCCAGACUUGGAUCUUUACAGCUUGUAUCCAUGGAAUCUCUGGUUGAACUAAACAUAACAGGGGUAACAACACCGUUUUUGCUUGAAUUUGUAAAUUGUAAGAGAUUGAAAAGAGUAUCAGGAGAAUUUGAUCUGGCAAAGCUUGUAAUAUUUGAUUGUCCGAAGCUUGAAGCGCUCCCCGGCCUAGCAAAUUCAAACUUCCUAGAAAAGAUUUCCGUGGAUAAAUGUUGGAGCCUUAACGAAGAGGUUAAUGCGCCCGCAACAUUAAAAUACCUCCAUUAUAAUUCUGGCCCUGAACUCAUAAAUAGUUUCUUUUCUAACCGAAAGGCUCUUUUGUCUUGGACAAUGCGUCAAAACUAACCAGUAUAAUUGGAAAAGCAGUCCAUGGAGCUGAGGCGACCUUAAAUGCAGCUUUCUUUUCUGGUCUUUUAAACCCAGAUGAAAUCAAUGAAAUCAGAAUGAAAAGAGGGAGGCCCGAAGCAUCAUUGAAAGUGAGAGAUUCAUUGGGGGCAAUCAUUGUAUGCGCUGUGAUUCGAAGCACUGUUGACAGACAGGUUGUGCGGAUCAGACUGCAUGACGGCAAAUCCAUAUGUUGUUCUGUUGAAAAAGGAGAGUGGGUGUGGACAAUUGCCAUUAGCCAUCCUGAACAUAUGUAUUUUGCGGACAGUCGUAUUGCGGAAUCCUGUUGGAUUCCGACAAUGGAUUAUCCUCUUCACGACAGUGUAAUAAAGGGGUAUGUCUGCACCAUCAACGAGAGAAGGGAACCCUUCCAAUUGUUCUCUAAAAUUAUCAGUCAACUAUAUAAACUAAACAAGCUGGAGGAAAUCACUGCGGCUCCCGUAAACAGUAACGACGCCGCGCAAAAGCCUUCUUUAUCUGGGUCCCGUGGUUUCAGGAAUAAAAUAUUGAAGUCAGCAAUCUUUGGGUUUCGACAAAACGCACAAAAGGAACAUUCCAUGAUUCAAUCAUAAUAUGCUUGUGGAAACAUCGAGAUCUAAAUGAAUUAGCUAGAUAUCCAUUCUUAUAUAAAACACUUUUGAAUCCUCAUAUUUUUA